AUGAAGGCUCUGGUGUGUCUGCUGCUCGCCGUCGCUGUCACUGAUGCCAGAAGGUUCACCGCCUGCGAGUGGGCGCGAACACUGAAGGCGAACGGGAUGGCCGGUUACCGUGGAGUCAGCCUGGCCGACUGGGUGUGUGUGACCUAUCAUGAGUCCAGAUACAACACCGCAGCCGUCAAUCACAAUAGUGACGGGUCCAAAGACUACGGAAUCUUCCAGCUCAACAGUCACUACUGGUGCAGCGACGGCGGCGAGAGUGUGGCCAACGGCUGUGGAAUCACAUGUGACCAACUCCUGACUGACGACGUUAGCGUUGCUAUAGGUGUGCCAAAACUGUGGUCCGGACCCCAAUGGGGGUCAUCGAACUCCUGUAAAGACCAAGACAACAGCGGUUACAUCGCCGAUUGUCGACUUUAA